AUGCUGCAGGUACUUCGGGUAACGCCAGGCUUCGGCCGCGAGCUGGUUGAGUGGCGGCGCGGAAGCAAAUGGCAGAUGCCCUCGGAACCGCAGCUCAUGAUGAAUAUCGUGGCCAACCUGUUCCAGUGGAUGGAUGCGGGAUGCUUCCAGGUCAUGAGAGCGAGGACACUAAUGGAAUACACUGAGCAUCUUACCAAAGGCGGGCCGAUCGAGUUUGGAAACUCUAGGGACCAGCAGGACACGGCUGAGCACGAAGUGGUUACAAUGGAGCCUAGUAUCAUCCUUGCGCUCCCCGUCACCCCGGGGCUCAACACCCUCGACCAACUCCUAAAGGACGCGUACUCUACGGACCCACAGCCCGUCCCGGACUACAAGUGCGACUCGUGCAAGGCGCUCACGGUGUCGCGCAGGACGCUCCUCGCGCGGCUCCCCGAGAUCCUCAUCAUCCAACUCAACCGGUUCAGAAUGAACAGGACCAAGACCGAACGGGGCUUUGGGGCGCAAAAGGUGAACGAUUUUGGUUGGGGCCAGGAGUUCAAGUACCGGUGCUACGGCAUCAUCGUACACCAAGGCCGCCAGAUGACCAGUGGGCAUUAUUACUCGUAUGUUCGCACGGAGAAGAUGACGGACGGGUCUUGGUACCACUGCAACGACCAAGCGGUGAAGCAGAUCAAAAUGACGCCCAAGUUGUUGAAGGACAAGAUAUAUGCCGAUGAUUCUGCCGUGCCGUACCUCCUAUUCUACCAGCGCAAGAGGAUUAUAGGCGGAUCCUAG